GUCUGUAGUGGGUUUACAUACUAUUUGUUACUUCCUCUCAGUUUCGAAAGGUAUCCAGUACCAUUCAAACAGGUGCAAUGAGCUGUGGUCCAGGAGGAAGCAUGAAAUUAGCAACUUUUCUGCUUCUACUAGUGGGUGUUGCAGAAGUGUGUGCAAAAUGUCCGUCUGGAUUCUUCGAGUGCAGUAACGGCGCCUGCAUACGGGAAGCAAAACACUGCGACCGUAAGAAAGAUUGCCCAGAUGGAGCUGACGAGCUGCACUGUGAUGACAUAAACUGUGAGGCUCCAUUAUACUGGAAGUGUGAAGAUGGUAGAUGCAUACAGACCAAAUUCAAGUGUGAUGGUAACAAUGAUUGUGGAGACUGGUCAGAUGAAAAAGACUGUAAUGCAUCUAAGGAACUGACUUGCCCUGAUACUGCUCCUAUAAGAAAUGUUAAUUCUUCCUCCUCACAGUUGACUUUGACAUUUACCUUGUUGGUAUCUGUUGUGCAAAAAGUCUGCAGUGAUGAAGAUUUUGCAUGUGGGGAUGGCACCUGCAUUCCAGACAACUGGGUGUGUGAUGGCCUCAAGGACUGCCAGAAUGGCAAUGAUGAAGUUUUGGGCUGCUCUAAAAAGUUGGAUUGUGGCAAAGACUUCCUGUGCUCCAACCACCACUGCAUUCCGAAGGCUUGGGAGUGUGAUGGCAACAAUGACUGUGGGGACAACAGUGAUGAAGUAAACUUGUUACAAUGCAGCAGCAGCCUGUUUUUUCCUGCUUGUUUUGCUAUGUUUCAUCUCCUCCAAAUUUCUCAAAUGUUGAAUGCUGCAUUAUCUCAUUUGCAAGAAGUCUAUCAAGCGAGUGGUUUCCCCCAUGAGCAUAUUGCUGAGAGUUGGAACAGGAAAAAUUCAGACAAAGUGGCUCAGUUGGUCAUGAUACAAAUAGUUGUGAACAUAAGGGCUGCUAAGUCUAUUCUCAGACCAGGAGGUAAGCCAAAAGAUGCUACUGAGGGCUGCACAUUGGACAAGAACUUGUUCAGUUGUCACGACAAGUUGAAAUGUGUAGAAGUUGCCGAAGUCUGUGACGGAACCCCGCACUGCUUGGAUGGUUCGGAUGAAGGUCCCAUGUGCCAGAAAAGUAAAGCAUUGUGCCCCAACCAGGGCUGCAGCUUCAGGUGCCAGCCCACACCCAGUGGACCUGUCUGUGUCUGUCCAAUGGGUUUCAACCUGGUAAAUGAAAAGUACUGCUCAGACAUUGACGAGUGCAAGAUGUAUGGCAUAUGCUCCCAGAAGUGCAGAAAUACACACGGCAGCUAUGAGUGUUUCUGUGACCAGGGCUACACCUUGCAGAGUGAUAACCACACUUGCACUGUCAAUGAAGGAGAAGCUGUCUUGCUGUUUUCAACAAAGACCGAAGUUCGGGUUUACUUCAUGCGGAACGAGGUGUACAGGUUGGUGGCAGACGGGCAGCAGCAUGUGGCGGGAGUGGCUUAUGACGGAUUGUACGUCUACUGGACGAGUGUCCGCAAUGGAGAAGAGGCCAUCGUCCGGAGCAACCACGAUGGCUCCAUUACUGAUGUGCUCGUGUCUUCAGGUUUGAGUCUACCAGAAGACCUGGCAUUGGACCUCAUAACAGGCAACAUCUACUUCACUGAUGGUGAAGAGAGCUACAUAGGAGUCUGCACAAAAACUGGGACAGAAUGCACUGUGCUUGUGAAUGAGGAUGUCCGGAAGCCCAGGGGAAUAGCUCUCCUGACACAGAAUGGGUCAAUGUACUGGUCUGACUGGGGCAAGAACCCGAAAAUUGCGACAGCUGGCAUGGAUGGAUCCUCACCACAGCCCUUCGUGGUUGGUGUGCACUGGCCCAACGGGAUAACCAUAGACAUUGGCAACGAGCGCUUGUACUGGGUUGAUGCCAAGCUGCAGUCAAUAGAAUCCGUCAACUUGGAUGGCAGCGAUCGCAGGGUAAUUCUGGAAACAGCUGUGAAGCACCCAUUCUCGAUCGCAGUCUUCGAGAACACCCUGUACUGGUCGGACUGGGAAGACCAGCAGAUUGCCUCAUGUCACAAGUUUACAGGAAAGAACUACAAAGUCAUGUUGCGGUCGCUCAGAAGCCACAUUUACGGAAUAAAAAUUUACCACCCUGCCCUCCAUCCCUCGAUGGAGAAUCCCUGCAAAGAUGCUGGCUGCAGUGAUAUUUGUAUGCUGGCCCCUAACUCAUCGUACACAUGUGCCUGCCCCGUGGACAAAGAACUUGGUUUUGAUCAGCAUUCAUGCAGAGCUGUGCUGAAGAAGGAAGUGGUGGUGGCAGUGGCUGGGAGCCACAUAAUCCAGGUGGAGCACCGGCUGCUGGGCCGGCAGACCCAGUCCGUCAUGUUGGCCAAGAGUGUCCGCCAUGUCGAUGCAGUCGUCUACAGCUCUGUGGAUGACAUGCUGAUACUGAGUGAGAGUGAAGAGAAGAAAUUGUUCUCAAUGGCGAUGUCUACUAAUGUAAUUAGACCACUACUCGAGAAAGGAAUUGGGAAGAUCAUGAGCCUGUCAUAUGAUGUGUAUGGUAACAAUGUGUACUGGACUGAUGCUGAGCUUGCAACAGUGAAUGCAAUGAGCAUGAACACCAAAACAGUGGCCGUGCUGUUGAGAAGCACGGGGGCCGAACCGCCGCUGAGUGUAGCUGUUGUCCCAGAUCAGGGGUACAUGUUUGUGGCAUUUGGAUCAUCCUCACAUGUGCACGUGGACAAGAUCCUGAUGGACGGUUCUGGACAGCGUGUCCAUGUGCUGGAGGAAGUGUCGGGGCCCUAUGUCUCUCUCUGGUAUGACAGCAUCCUGGACAGAGUCUUUGUGGCAGAUUCAGGGACGAACACCAUAGGAAGUCUUGCCUCUGAUGGUAUUGACCACCACAUCUUCAAGAAGCUGUCAGGAUCCCCGACAUCAGUAACUGCUCUGGGGCAGGAUCUGUUCUGGACUAUCCAUGGCCAGCGCAGCUUGUACUGGGCCAACAAAUUCGAUGGUGCUUCCAAAGUGAAGAAAAUUGACCUUAUGGCUGCGGGCGACACGUACCACGUAGUGCUGACGGCUGUGAGGGGAGUGGCGCUGCUGCCGAACCACCCGUGCCAUCAGGGGAAUGGUGGCUGCAGCCACCUGUGCCUGAUGAGGGGACAGAAGCAGGUGUGUGGCUGUCCCGAGGGCAUGUUGCUGCAGGAUAACUCGACGUGCAUUGUGCCGGCAGGAUGCCGGCCAGACGAGUUCCGCUGCGAGCGUGACAAGCGGUGCAUACCUACCUCACGCAGUAAGGCAAUGAAUAGCUUCCCCACAGCAGGCAGUGACAGAUGCAAGUCUCUCUCCCAGGUAGGACGCUAUGUGUCAACCCCCGAAGUUACAUAUAGCAGUUCUUUAAAGUCAGCACUUAGUCUAUUAAACAUCGUUAGUCCAAGAACUGGCAGUGUGAGGUCAUUGAAGUCAUUAGAAAUUAUGCACAGGAUGAUUCGUGCAGUCUUCCCCCCACAUUUGUCCUAUGGAAAGAAUGUAGGUAGUGGAAAGUACCCUCUGCAAAACACUGCUUCAUGUUUAAUAAGGCAUAGAUAUCAAAGAUGUAAUGGUGUAAAUGACUGUCCAAGUGGAGAGGACGAGAAAAACUGUGUGGUGUGCCGGGAGCACGAGUUCGCCUGCAGCAAUGGGCAGUGUGUUUCCCUGGAAGGGAAGUGCGAUGGCAUCGUGCAGUGCUCAGAUGGGUCAGACGAGCGGGACUGCGAAGUUGGGAUGUGUGACACAGAGACUGACUUUGAGUGUCGAAAUGGAAGGUGUGUAGCACAGAGCUUACGGUGUGACCUAACAGAUGACUGUCGUGAUGGCUCUGAUGAAGAAAACUGUGACAUCGUUAAAUGUGGAGAAUCGGAGUUCAGGUGCCGUUCCGGAGCCUGCAUACCGGGCACGUGGGAAUGUGAUGGGGAAGUGAAUUGCCCAGACUCGACAGAUGAACAUGACAAUUGCACGACGGCUACCUGUGGUCCCGACGAGUUCUCCUGCAGUAAUGGACACUGCUUGGACAAGCAGCUGGUGUGUAACCUGGUAGACGACUGCGGCGACGACUCGGAUGAGAGGGAUUGUCAGCAGUCGGGAGCGAGAAAUGCAAGUUUCACCUGCAGUGAAGCAGAGUUCAUUUGCUGGUCUCGGCAGGGGCUGUGCGUUCCUCUGGCGCAGAGGUGUGAUGGCAAGGCGGACUGUCCAAAGGCAGAAGACGAGCGGGACUGUGCGUGUGCUGCAGACGAGUUUGAAUGUAAGAAUGGAAAGUGCAUCUCGACCAGCUGGCUGUGUGACCAGAGGGACGACUGUGGGGAUGCUUCAGAUGAGGAUCCCAGUAGGUGCAUCAGUCUGCGUACAGUGUGUUGUCCACAUCCAGAAAAUGAGUCAAAAAUUAUGUUUUUGUGCUUCAGGAAAUAUCCAAUUUUGGUCAUCUAUUGGAUGAGUAAUCUUAAACCAUCAUACAUUGGGUUCUGUUUUUGUGGAAGAGUUAUACUUACUAGGGAAGAAGCAGCUGUGUGCAAAGGAUUUGAAUGUGACGAUGGUAAAUGUGUAGAGUUGGAACAGCUUUGUGAUGGCAACAGAGACUGUGAAGAUGGCAGUGAUGAAGGUGGCAAAUGUGGCAAGGCGUGUGUGGGGCACCCCUGCGACGGGGAGUGUCAGGCGACCCCGGCAGGCCCACACUGCUACUGCGGGGCCGGCUACGAGCUCGGGCAGGACGGAAAGAGCUGCCACGACGUGGACGAGUGUCUGGUGCGGCCCCCGGUCUGCUCGCAGGUCUGCGUCAACAGCCCGGGUGGCUUCUCUUGCAGCUGUGUCAGCGGCUUCGUGCUCCGCAUCGAUAGGACGUCCUGCAAGGCGACAGGGCCUGCCAUGGAGUACGUGUUGGUGACGGGACGUGGCCAGAUCAGGAAGGUGUCGCAGUCUCUGACCAGUGUGGAUGUAUUGCACAAGCACCACUUCCUGAGGGUCACGGGUCUGGAUGUCGAUGCCAGGGCAUACACCGUCUGCUGGAGCACUCGGGAAACGGCAACAAUUUACUGCCAGUCACUGAAGACCCACAACAGGACAUACGUGGAGGGGGUAGGUAACCCGACAGAGGUGGCAGUAGACUGGAUCACAAAGAACAUCUACUACGUGAAUGAUGUGCCAGCUGGGCAAAGUGACAUACAGGUGUGCCACCUGACGGAAAAGCUGUGUGCUGUUGUGGUGCCAGCUGUAAGUGGCAGUAGGAUUGGCAACAUUGCGGUCGAUCCACUUGCUGGAUUUCUGUUUUGGACUGAAAUGAGCGCUUUAGUAGAAAAAGGAGAGGCCGGCAGUAUCAGGAGGGCAGACCUCGCCGGAGGCGGCCGGACGGUUCUCGUUCAGUCGGGUCUGGGGUCGCUGAGUGGCCUGGCCUUGGACACAGUUCGGCGCACCGUCUACUGGGCGGACGCCUCCUUCCAGGUCGUAGAAUCGGCGACGUACGAUGGCGAAGAGAGGACGGCAGUAUUCACGUCGGAGGUAAAGAGACCCAAAAGACUGGUGCUGUUUGAGGACAAGCUGUACUGGUUGCCAGAGCAUUCGGGCUUUCUGAUGCAAUGCAAGCUGUUCACAAAGGGACAGAGGUGUCGGAGCAUCCAUAUAAAUGUCUACGACGGAGACUACCUGACCAUAAUGCAAGAGUCACGCCAGAGAGCUGGUGUAAACCCCUGUGAGCAUCACCGCUGCUCCCACAUGUGCGCAAUAACUCCUCGAGGGGCCAAGUGCUUGUGUGCCGAUGGGCAGAUCGUAGGUGAAAACAUCCACUGCAAGAAUGAGGGUGCGAAGGUCUCGGAGCCAAGAUUCUUCCUCCCGGGAAUUGUGGACGGUUUGAGAACAGCUACAGUUGCUGACCAGCCGAGCGGUGUGUCUGAGGGGACGAACACCACCUCUGUGGUGAUAGCACUCGUGAUCGUGCUCGUGGUGGUGUGCCUGGCAGCUGUUGUGUAUUACAUAUACAAGAGGCAGCUGGUCACAUUCAGGGACUUGGACUUCAGGAUACGCUUCCAGAAAUCUGGAUUUACUGCUAGCAGGCAGCCUAAAUCUUCAAAAAGUGCCAGAGCUUCUGGUUCUGCUGAACAAGAGUUUGUUAAUCUAGUAGAGGAAGAAUUCAUCUCAAAUGGUGCAGGUCAAGAGUGAAUGUGUGAUAUUGCUAUUUCAAAGUUAGUUGAAAAAAUGUGCAUUUAAGUUUCACAUGAUCUCUAAGUUUGUUUUCUGCUUAGUUAAAA